AAAGCUCAGAGGUCUGCAUGGAAAGCGAACUUUCAAGAGAAAUUAUCCCUCUUGUGGAAUGACUCUAGAAGCGUUUUGAACGUCAUUCUUUCAUUCUGUCGUCUCCUGUGGAUAAAACGCUGCACGCUUGCUGGCGUGUUUUUACAGGUUUCAAUCACAACAAGGCCAGACACAGAUCAAGAUCAACAAUGCAGCCAUUAUCUUCCCUCUCUCAUCUCAUUUUGUUUCAGUUGCUUUGUGGAUCUCUGUGCAGCAGAUGUCCUUAUGAUUGCUCGUGCUUCCCCAAUAACAACAUCUUCUGUGUCCAGCUUAAAUUGGUGAACAUGCCUCGUGGUUUCCCUUCCUCCACAAAGACCCUAUAUGUCUUUCAGAACAACAUCAACACCUUGCAACAGCAGGAUUUUGUAGAGCUCGGGGAGCUUGUAAUGCUGGACCUGAGUCAGAAUGCCCUCAGUGAAAUUCCUGAUCAGGUGUUCAGCCCACUCUCCACCCUACUCAACCUUGACCUCUCAUCUAACCGCAUCACUCAUAUCUCCAAAGACAGUUUCACUGGGCUGGUCAACCUGGAAAGGCUAUAUCUCUACAACAACCACAUCCAGAGCAUUCACCCAGCUGCCUUUGAGGGACUGGAGACCCUACUGGAGCUGAAGCUUCAGGGGAAUCAGAUCAGUGUGUUGCCAGCCCUCCAACUCCCCAGAUUGCUACAUUUGGACCUUAGUUAUAACAGUAUCUCACCACCGGGACCAGAACAUUUACAGACACCACAACUUGAGUCUCUUAAAAUUGCUGGAUUGGGUCAAAGCAGUGUGGAUGAGGGGCUACUAAGAAGCCUGGUGAAUCUACAUGUUUUGGAUGUUUCUCAGAACCAGCUUGUGGCGAUACAACCUGAACUGAAGGAAAUGGUGGGCCUACGAAACCUCAACCUAUCCGGAAACCCUUUGGGUUCUCUAAAGCGAGAAGACUUCCAAAAUCUAAAUAACAUGCUAGAACUUGACUUGAGCAACCUGAAUUUGCAGGGCUUCCCUGAAGGCUUCUUCAACCAUUUCCCCAAACUUGAGAAACUCACCGCAGCUGGAAACCCCUUCAACUGCCUUUGCACACUUGCCUGGUUCCCAACUUGGCUAAAGGAUGCGCGAGUUGAGUUGUUAAGGAUGGAGGAAACUCGCUGUCACUUUCCUCCAAUAAACUCAGGAAUGGUUUUUGCAAAGUUGGAGCAUAAAGAUUUUGGCUGCCCCACUACAACAAUUGAAUUAACAAGUGCAGAGAACAGAAGUACCACCAAUAAGCCGACAGAGCCCACCACGCCAUCAGGCACAACACACGCCAUCCCACCUCCGCCUCCAAGUGAGGUGCCCUCAGCAGACAAAGAAAGCUUCCUUCCUUUUCCGACCAGUGUCUCCCCUAGCAGCAUCCUAGUAGAGCCUGAACAAGAGCUUAUGUGCCCUUCCAACAUUUGUCUAAAUGGGGGAACAUGCAGGUUUGUCCCAUAUGGGCAGGUUAGUUGCUUGUGUCCACGUUCCACAUCAGGACUCUACUGCGAGAUUCAAAAUGAGGCUAGACCUCCCCCACCUUCCCCAAGAGUUUCCAUCGAGACUAUUGCUACGGUCCUACCCAACACAAUCAGCUCCCAUCACGUAACCAGCACUUCCAUUUCAUUAGACCUUCAACGCUACAUUGAGACACGACCGCACAUCAGUGGAAUCCGGCUGACUUAUCGAAACUUGUCCGGCCCGGACCGGAGGCCACUGCAGCUGAAUUUGCCUGCAUCUUAUCCUGAGUACACGCUAAGAGGACUGCUGCCUAAUAGCACCUAUUCUGUUUGUGCUAGCCCACUGGGAGAGCCCAUCCAUGUGUCAGUUGCCUGCAUAGAGGCUCGCACGGCGGGAAUCCCACCUUCCUCCCACGAGCCCAGCGUUGACAAAACCGAACCUUCCUCCUCCCUCAUACCCAUAGUGGUAGUGGUGACUGUGGUGAUGUUUGCAGCUAUUGUAGCCACUGUUGUGGUCAUCCGCUGCAGAAGGAGAUUCAAGGUUCCUGAGACAUCCCCUCUGGAGUUAGAGGGCAUGAAAAACAGGCCAGAGAAUGGGAUGACACAUUCAAAACAACCUGCCCCAUGUCCAUCUUUAACUCAAAGCAGCUUGGAAUAUGAGGCACCAUUAAUACAAGGACAGUGUCCUGCCAACAACAAUUAGGCAAACAAACCCUCUGAUAUGUAAAAGCCUUAUUGUACUCAUACCUCCAGCCCUCAGAGGGCAAUGCACUCCAUGACUGCUGCAGAUGGGUGUGAUGCAGACACUAGAUUGGUUGGUGAACAUUUCAAUGCAUCCCAGCCAAAUGCAAGUUUAAAGUGACUUUCAGCAUUUAAAUAAGGUGCAUUUUACAGAUAAAAUAUACUGGAAGUGCCUGUUAUAACCAUAAAUAUCUGGCUUCAGUGACAGCUCUGCUGCCAAGACCAUCUUAGACCAGCAUGAAUUUCAUGCUGACCCAACCUGAUUUAUGCUAGCUAAUGUUGGUCUGUUUCUGGUCCAGCAAAAUGUAACCUGAUCAACCAGCAUUUUCUUUCUGGUGAUACAGGUUGACCAAGGAAGGUUUGUUAGUUAACCUUCUGUUAAGAAGCUUGUUGGGAACACCAGCAAACCAGCAUCAAAAAAUAAAAUUAAGUUGGUAAUCAGCAAUGCUGUUCAUUCCAGCAGGGUGUUAGCUGGGCUGGAAAAAGAUUGCUUUGAACUCUGGAAGUGGUAGACAGGAGUCAAUAUUUCUUGCCUGGACUUCUGACCACGGACUACUUUCGUCCAGAAAUAAUUGCACUGAUCUGAGACACUGGGACUGUGCCUAAGAGGUGCCUAAAGAAGCUAAACAUGAUCAGCCUCUUAAUAGAUGCUUCAAACAGGUUUCAUGCAGCAUCACAGCAUUCCUCAUUCCUGCCUUUCUCUAGCUGUCCUAUACAGGAGAUUAUUUGCUGUGAAAAAAACAUAAUGAAGUGACAAUGUUCUCACUUUGUGUAGUUUAUACUGUUGUGUUCUCUGUUUUUGUAUUUUUAAGUGCCAUUUAUGUGUCCAUUUCUAUGUUUAGUUGUGUAUUGAUUUAUAAACCUAGACUGUAGACUGUACAAAUUUCUCCUCUAACUUCAGUGAAAAAAGUUCAAAUGCUUUGACUUAUCCUGAAUGAAAAAGAAAACUGACAAUAUAGGUCCGGUGCACGUCUGGCAAAGAAACAUUUUGUGAGACUAUAAACACCCACGUCCAUUUUUGACCUCAAACAAAUUCCACACAUUAACAAACAGACCAGUACUAUAUAAGGAGAUGAUAACAAAUGCUUUUUACAAAGCUGCUUUUUGAAGUGCCAAUGGUCUAAAAAUGUUCUGUAGCUAUAAUUUAAACAAAGCCUGAGGUUUUUUUGUACAUGCUGCCAAGCUGAUGGCAGUUUCAGACCUACAACAGAGCAAACUGGGCCAGACAGCUUUCUCACAUGUUGCAACCACACAAAGAAAAUGUCAGUACCUUGUCAGUAAAUUGUUGUAUCAGAUGGUAAUAACAUGGCACUUUUGCAUAUAUACAAUGGUACUUAAUGGUUAUUAUAUUCAAAUACCAUGGAAUUUACAUGAUACCCCAUGAAAACUUAAAAAAACAAUAAAUGUAAAAAGAAAAACAUGGAAUUGUCAUGCAUGGUACACUGUAAAAAGUGGUAAUGUGAAACUGUUACCUUAAAAAAUCUAUUUCUAACCCUUAAAAUGACUUUUGUUGGUGUAAUCUAACGUAUUCAGUUUAAGUUAGUCAUGUUAAAUAAUUAUUAACAAGUUAAUUUAUAUGUCACCACAUGAAGCACAUUUUAGGUUACCUGACAAACUUUCCUUUUUACAGUGUACCGAAUCCAACAAACAUGCUAAUGCCUUGGUACUAUUUUGUUGGCUUGUCUUAUCUGAAGCUUAUAACUUCAACUAUUUCAUGCCUCCUGAAAUAUGUUCAGUUUGAUCGGUUUAGAUUCAAAAUUUAACACCAAAACUUUGACAUGUACAUGAACAUAAAACCUUACUUUUAAUAGAAAAAGUAAUAUAAUAAGAACCAUGUAAGGCCUUUUUUAUUGAUUGAUCAUUUUUGCCUUGUAAAAGCUAGAAUGUGUCCAAGCCAAAAGUGUCAUUGUGGAAUUGUAUGUUUAUGUGCAUUAUCAGUAUAGUGAAGUUUUGUUAAGAGGAAAGGCGCCAGUAAAAGUGAGAAAAGGUCAAUUGCCAAAUUCUCCCCAACAUCAGCACUCACUUUUUUAGUGCUCACAUACAUUAUUUAUGACAGCAUGCAGUGUGUGUGCUAAACAUGCCAGCACAUCCAAACAUUUGAACUGGAAAGAGGAACAGCUUUACACUGCAUGAGGGGUUUCAAAUAUUUGAAACAUUGUCCCAUGCUUACUUUGGGAUGUUUGUUCCUUUUGUUGUGCACAAAGCAAAGUCUUCUUUUUUUUUUUGGAUGUAAAAAUGUUUACACUUUGGAAGAAAAAUGUGACGUCUGUUAAGAAAAUAAAAUGGAAAAA